AUGCGCUCAGCUGUCAUCCUCUUUAUUGCUUUCACUUGCUCUUUUCUUACUCUCGCCAACGCAAAUUCUAUAGCAGACAAUGUUCAGUUGUCGUCUGCAGGUCCUUCUAAAAGAAAUGUAGGUGGAAAUAGAUAUCGAAAUACAGGUUCUGGUGCCUCCAAUGUUAGGUUGGCACAUGCCAAAAAAUUUAAGAAGCCAAAGUUCAAGAAAGGUCUUACUGACGACAUUCUGGAUCUUCUUGGUGGCGGACGGUUUCACCAGAAAGGAUUAGUUGGAAGACAACGCGAUUUUACAAUCUUUGAACGCUAA